CGUCGCUACGUGCUUCUGCUUCUGCUUGAUGACGGAGAACAGAGCGAACCUAACCUCUCUGGCAGCGAGACGCUCUCCGGUACUUCCACGAUGCCUUGAGACAUAAUGCAAGCAAUGUUGUGAACCAAGUACUAUCGUCAGCCUUUGCCUUCUCCAUCAUGAUUCCAACAUCAACGGGUACGUCCAGCUGUAUCAUGAGCAGUUGUCGGAAAUAUCCACCGAAUUCGGUAAACUGCAGCGCCAUGGGGAUGCUUUUCCAUUCGGUCUUCGAGCAUCAUUGUGGAAGACCGCGAACAUCAGCACCAAGAAGAUAUUUGGUGUUUAUUAUAAACUGGCGGAUGAAAAUAAUUCUGGGAAGUUACUUCCCGUUGAUGCAAUUCCAUCGGAAACGGCCGAUCAGAAGAUCAAGGACCUGCUUGCAAACAGUCGAAAUAAGAUGGGCGACAUUUAUGGCACCAGAAAAAGAUCGGUCAUGUUGGAGGCGGCUGAGGAGCACCUGCACUCUUGACAAGAUUCCGGACCUCUGGAUUCCUAGGGUCGAAGUGGUAAGGAUUGGAUUCGGAAUGAUCAUACAGGUAAUCUUCACUGGCAGAUCAUCCAUGAUCAGGCAGGUGAGUCUGGUCCCUUCGUUGAAAGCUGAUGCUCUUCAUGCCUUGAAUUUCUGCGGGUGUAGCGUCGUCAGACCAAUCGUUACUGGAAUUCUACACUAGAGCUUCAAAAAAUUGUCUCUUAUUCUCAAAUCUGGGAGUAAAUAUUGACUCAUGUUGUGCAAUUAAUAGGUUUUAUUGAUGGCGCUGUUUAUACAUAGGGAACAAGAAGACGAGUGCAGAUGCAGAACCAAUAUGUGGAAUGCGCCUUUUUUAAGCCGGGAGAAGGAUUUCACAGAAAGGCGAUUGAUCAUGAUGCGCGGCUACAGAUCGCCAUAAUACCUGUAUCGCAUCCAGAAUGAAUAAAAUCUCGAGUAUAAUUCAUACGGAACCUCAUCUCAAGUAAUUAGAAUCACAACGAAUGCGAAUCAAGAAAUAGAAAUGAAGCAAAUAACUUCCCAACGUUGAGAUUGACAAUAAUCUUACUCAACGAAAGUAAGGCUACAGUUCCCUGCGAAAGCGAUCAUGAUGUUAAAGUUAGGGAGCCGAAACGGAAACAUAAAUAGUGAAACUAUUCAAUCGACAGGGGUAUCUACCACACCAUCAUCCGUUCUUAUCCGAGAAGCACCCGAUCCCUGUUCUUUGAAUGCAGAAGUCCCGUAAACGUAGUCUCAACAUGAACAUCAUGAUCGCUUGCGGAAUUAAAGCACCUUGAAUUCUUGGAGUUGGAACACGAACUAAGAAAAGUAAUAAACUUGAACAACUAGUUCAACUUCAAGUUCAUUGAAGAGUACUCAUGGUUCUUUGUUCGCUCUCCAGAUC